UAGCGACCUCUCCAAAAAAAGAUGGCUGCCAAUGCGCGGCUGGCUCUUGCCAUAGUUCUUGCAACCCUCCUCGGCGCACACGCCGGAGACCCUGACAUCACAUCAGAUUUCAUAGUUCCUGAUGGAGUCACUCCUAAUGCCGACUUCUUCACCUUCAAAGGGCUCAAACAGGCCUUGUGGGGUGCUCCCAUGGAUGCAACAUUUAAGGUGACCAAGGCGAGCCAGGUAGAGUUCCCAGCACUCAUGGGGCAGAGCGUCUCGUAUGCUGUGCUCCAGUUUGCACCUGGGGGCAUCAAUCCACCCCACACCCACCCUCGCUCGGCAGAGCUUCUCCUUGUCGUGCAAGGAAGUCUCGAGGUCGGGCUUGUGGACUCCAACAACACGCUCUUCCCUCAGGUGCUUCGGACUGGUGACUUGUUUGUGUUCCCCAAGGGCCUGGUGCACUUCCAAGCGAACAAAGACCCCAGAUACCCAGCUCUUGCCUUGUCGGCAUUCGGCAGUGCUAAUGCCGGCACUGUUUCUCUUCCAAAGACUCUGUUUGGGAGUGGCAUUGACAAAGAUGUGUUGGCCAAGUCCUUCAAGACAGAUGCUCAAACCAUGGACAAGCUUGUUUCAGCUAACACCAUGGGUUGAUUUGCGCGAGCCUCUGAAGUUGUUUACAUCAUUCUCUGUCCUGUUUUUCAUUCUCUGUUUGUAAGGGGAGUAUGUUCGUGAGCUAGUUGUGCUUCAUAAGAAUGUUAAAUGUUGAUAAGAGUGGAAGCUCGGCAAUUGAUAUAUUGCUUCCUUCUCAUCAUAUGCCCAUGUUUUUUUUUUUUUGAAGAAUCAUGUCCAUGUAAUUGUUUUUAUCUGGUAGCUCUAGUAAUUGCCCUCUCAUUCUUGCACUCUA